ACUGUUUCCGAUGAUUAAAGACACUUUUUCUGUUGUGUGAAAAAGUGUGAGACAACCUUAAAAAGCAAAGGGUGUUGAAAAAGCGUUGUUGAUCUGUUGUGAGUGGAAAUGGCAGAGGAGUUGAUUCUGUUGGAUGACUGGCUGAGUAUGUACGGCAUGAGAGCAAGGAUAGCACUUGCAGAGAAGGAGAUAAAGUAUGAAUACAGAGAAGAGGAUCUGGGAAACAAAACCCAACUGCUUCUGCAAAUGAACCCAAUUCACAAGAAGAUUCCAGUUCUCAUCCACAGUGGUAAACCCAUAUGUGAGUCCAUCAUUAUUGUUGAGUAUAUUGAUGAGCUUUGGAAGAACAAAGGCUCUUUCUUACCCUCAGAUCCUUACGAGAGAGCUCAGGCCAGGUUCUGGGCUGAUUUUGUCAACAAAAAGAUAGGUGAUGUUGGGUGGAGGAUAUGGGCAGGAAAGAGAGAAGGGAUUGACGAGGCAAAGAAAGAGUUUGUGGAGGCCUUAAAGGAACUGGAGAAGGAGCUUGGAGAGAAGGCUUACUUUGGGGGAGACACAUUUGGAUUUGUUGACAUUGCUCUCAUCUCUUUCUCCACCUGGUUUUACACUUUUGAGGCAUUGGGGAAUUUCAAAGUGAAGACAGAGUCUCCUAAGAUCAUUGCUUGGGCUGAGAGAUGCAAUCAGAGGGAAAGUGUUUCCAAAUCUCUUGCUCCUGAGAAGGACGUCUAUGACUUUGUUCUAAGCUACAGACAGAGCAAUCACUUGGACUAAGACCACAAUAAACUUCUGUCAUGAAAGGAUCUUUGUUAUUGCUUUCAACUUUCUGGUAACUCUAUAUAUUCAAUGUCAACUUUACUUAUGCAAAUUUCUGGCUUAAUUUCUUGCAAAA